CCGGUGUCUUGCAGUGCUCCGUAUCUUUAAUUAAUGUUGCCUCUUUGCAACGAGAUCCCCUAUAAACGAGCGAUCCGCACAUGCCUUUGUCGACGUCGAUGGGGCCCGGAGAGCAAACGAAAUCGCCAUGAAUAGGCUCAACACGACAUCGGUGUCGCUGGCCGUCACGCCAACGGUGGUUUCCACCUUGUUUUCACACUACCUCAACAAGAAGAACUUGAAAGAGCACCCGACUACUCAUUUGUCGUACGACGAAGGACUGCACCUGAUCCGAUCGUUCCUCGAGUAUGCCUCGCACCACACCGUCGAAGAGAUCCAGGCAUUCACAGCACAAUGGGUUCCGCACCCGCAGUGGGUGAAGCUGGAAAGCGUCACCAUCCCGGACGAGCACCUCGGUCGAGCCGCGGAGUUGAUCGAAGGCGAGCUGGGGCCCGACGGCAUCCGACAGAUUGGCGGCAGGAAAUGGUGGCACUGGCGAGGGCCAAAGGGGCCCAUGGAGGCCGAAUGGAUCGAGAUGCGGGCGGACGCCCACGAGCGCAAGAAGAACAACGAGCCGCUGCGCCGCGUGAUGCUGUACGUCCACGGCGGCGCGUACUACUUUGGGAGCGUGGACGAGCACCGGUAUCAGAUGCAGCGCCAUGCGAGGAAGCUCAAAGCUAGGGUCUUUGCUCCUCGGUAUCGCCUGGCGCCGCAGUUUCCGUUUCCGUGCGGUCUGCAGGAUUGUUUGGCGGCGUAUCUGUAUCUGCUCACUAUUCAGGACCCGAGCACGAUUGUGUUUGCUGGCGAUUCGGCGGGCGGCGGCAUGGUUACGGCGAUGCUUUGCCUUCUUCGAGACCAAGGCAUUCCACUGCCGGCUGGUGGUAUUCUCAUCAGCCCGUGGUGUGACUUGACGCAUUCGUUUCCGAGUCUUGCUGGGGAUGCCCCGUUGGACUACAUACCGACGUCGGGAUUCCAUCAUAAGCCUUCGAGGGCGUGGCCGCCACCGAACGAAGAUGACUUGAAGAUGCUCGAGGAAGAGGUGGAGAAGCGCAGGAAGGGAAUCAAGAAACCGGCUCCCCCGCCGACGUCUGAGCUGGAGGAGAAGCAGCAGAAGCCUGUGGUUCCGAUGAGUGAUGCCGACGCUGGGGUCCAUGUUGAUAGUACUGGACUUCACACCGAGACGGAAAAGUUCUUGACUGUCACCAUUGAUGGAGAGCUGAUCACCAUGAAGGACCAGAUUCAGAUGUACACCACGAACGCUCUUCUAUCGCAUCCGCUGGUGAGCCCUGUCAAGCAGCCGACGCUCGGCGGACUGCCACCUCUUCUGAUUACCGUGGGAGGCGGCGAACUCUUGCGCGACGAACAGAUUUACUUGGCUCACAAGUGCGCCAACCCAACGAAAUACGCACCGCCGGACGCAGACCUGACGGAGCGCGGAAGGGAAUUGCUUGCCAAGUACAAGCCUACCUAUGUGCAGCUUCAGGUCUGGGAUGAUUUGUGCCACGUCGCCCCGACGCUCAGCUUCACCAGCCCUGCAAAGUACAUGUACAGAUCGAUAGCCCAGUUUGGUGCCUGGGCUUUGGCGCGUGCACAGAACAGGGACAUUGAGAUCAUGGACGACGAUGCGAUUUCGGUCAUAACGAGCUCUGGUUCUGACACAGAAGCUGGGGGACAGGAAGAGCAGGGACAGAACAAGGACAAAGAGCCAGCAGAGGAACCGACCUUUACGGAAGUUGGAAGAGCAGGAGACCCGCUACCAAAGUUUAGAAACUACAUGAUCCGGCAGCGAAUAAGCAGGAACGGCCUCAUUUUCCCUCUCGCGCCAGAAGAAGAGCUCCCCGGGUGCAUCAUGAAGCCCGAGGAGAUUGGCGUUAUCAAACAGGGUCCCGUGAAGAAAUGGUUGAAUACGAAGCACACAUGGGACACUAAAUACGCCAGCGCAAAGGCCAAAGUACACAAAAAGAUUGUCAAAGAGAUGCUUGCUGGGUACCAAGACUUUGGCGAAGGUGAGCAUCCACCGCCAACAGCAUUGGCCGGGCGGAUCCCCGUGGGCAAAGAGUUGCAGCCAAGAAAGAGGAGGAAGAGUUUCGGCCUGGCCAUAUGGUCUCUCUGGGGCUCCAAGCAUGACGAGAUGACGGUCGAGAGGGAGCAGAAGGCCAAUUACGAGCCCGAGAUGCAAGCCGUCACCCCUGAACUGCACAAUGGAGAAUCUUCGAAUACCGAAGGCGAGAGACUGGGGCACAACCGCAGACCCUCACACCAGCGGGUCGUGCGGGAUGAGCACCAGACGAGCAGCGAAGAGGUGAACGAGGAUACGCCCGUGGCGCAGCUGCUUGCGAUGCGGCGGGAGCAGGAGGCUGCGCACGACGGACACUCGCCUGAGACGGGGGUUGCUGGGAAGAGGCCUUUCCUGGACGGCAUCGCGCUGCCGUUUACCAUUAAGAACGAUGCGGAGACUGCGAGCAUGAUUACGCUGAAUUCGACGAUGACGCCGGGGUCGAGGCCGAUGAGCUCAGGGGCUGGGACGGGGCUGGGUGGGACGGAGUUGAAAGCUGGUGCGGGUGAUGUUGAGAAGACGGAGGCAUAGCGAACAUGGCGGAGUCAGGAUGAUCUCGGGCGACAAGAAUAUUCAAGGUUGGGGUUUUACAAGAGAUGGAAAGCAAGGGACAAGAAGGCAGACGUUGAAUACAGGGAAUGACAGCAAGGCAAGCAAGCGAGCAGCAUAUACCAGACAGCGAUAUCCCCUCCACCUGUAUGGUGGUUUCUUGUUUGUUG